CAUUUCUUACCGCCGUUUCUUCUAUUCACAACUGCUACGAAUUGUUUCCCCGAUAAUAAUUCGAUAUAGAUAAAGUCGAUGACGCGAAAAAAUUAUCAAUAAGGAAUUAUUGAUUUCAAAUACAAAAUAACAACAUACUUACUUCUCAGUUAAAAAACAAUUGUGAACAUGUCGGACCCCUUGCAGGAUAGUGUAACUUCCCCUCAUAUUUCUUCUUUGAAAUUCGCCAAAUUGCACAGUCCCAAAAUGAAAAGUGUAUAUUGGCGUCACUUUGGAUUUCCCACGAGUGAAGACGACUGCAUUAUAACAAAGCAAAGCAUAGUCUGCACCCUUUGCCAUAAGGUAUUAACCAAUCAUGGCAAUACCACCAAUCUACGGGCACACUUGCAGUACCGCCACAAGGAAAUGUUUGAUUUGUUGGUGCAGGAAAAUGGCAUCCGAGUGCCGCCACGAAAGCCAACAUCAACCAAGCUAAUUUCCAAGGUGAAGCGUGAACCAAAGAAACCAAAAAUUAAAAUGGAAUAUUCCCCGCCGACAUUGCACAGCACUAUAUCAAACGAAUCAGCUGCUAACGAUGAACACGAUGAACAAUCCAUUCUUUAUGAAUCGGUGGUGCCGAUGACUUAUGACGACGAUGAUGUUAUUGAUAGUAAUCAUUUUACAAAAAUCGAAGUUUCAAAUGCCAAUGAUAUCAAGACGUCGUGUUCUGAUCUAUUGACAGUAAAUAAUCGCAAUGAGCGGAAGUUUUGCAUUACAACCAGCACCGCAGGAAACAUUGAACAUGAGUUGGGUAUUGAUGAGUACCAGAUGCUGGAAGCUUUAGCCAAUUUAGUUGUGAACGACAUGCGGAACAUUGAGUCAUUGUACGAUGAAGGAAUGACAAAGUUUAUUCGUUCCCUUUGCGGCAAUGUUUCAGUGCCGGCUCUCAAAAAGGUUGAAACCUACCUUAAAGAAGUACAUAGCGAUAAACAGACAACUCUGGCAGACCAAAUUAAGGUUCACUCCCAAAUCAAGCCCUUUUCGUUGGGUUUUGAAAUAUGGGAAAAUGUAGAACAGAAACAUUUUUUGUCAAUCUACUUCAAUUACGCCACUGAAGCUCCUGAUUAUAACUUGGUGAAUCAAAUUUAUUGCACAAUUGAAUAUAAUAAAUUCACGGUCAUCGAUACGAUUUUCGAAGAUUUUAAUUUAAACAAUUGUACGGCAGCAAUCGUGAAUUGUGACUAUGAUGAAUAUCUUAAACAUUUUCUAAGUGAAAAGAACAUACCAAUAAUAUUAUCAUACGAUACUAUUGUAAACCAUUGCAUUAAAAAUGUUAUGGAAUUGCCAGGCGUCGCAUCCAUAAUAGAAGAAAUUAAAGACACUUUAAUGCGCUACCAUUUGGAAAUAAGUUCAAAGGGUGUGGAGAUCCCUCAAAUAUGUAGUGAUUUUCCAUGGACUUAUUACGAACUACUUAAGUUUUUUUCGGAAACUUUAUCUUGGCCCGAGGACGUUGAAGCUUUAGUUGCUUCGUCAAAGAUUGUUUACGAUAUUUUGAGCACAUUAGCGGUAACUGUGGAUACACUUAGAGGAGAAGAAAUUCCAUUGAGUAGCAUGCUGUCGCCUAUUACUUCGAAAGUUCUAUCUAAGAAACUUAUGUUAGUUGAUGGAGAUGAUAAUUUUGCUGCAACCAUCAAAGACACAAUUAGUACAACCUUGGAUAAGCUAGUUCUUUCGGAUAUACAUUUAACAAUAUCGGCAUUGCUGGAUCCACGAUUUCAUCGAUUAAUAAAUAUAAACAAUUAUAAUGCCUGUGUGCAGAUUCUAACGGAAAAGUUUGAUCGAAUUGUCGACUCGCAAGGCAUUUCACCAACCAAACCCUCACCAAGACCAGUUAAUUACGGCGUAAAAUCAUCACCGGGAGCAAUGUCAAAAAAAUCAAAUUUGGAAUUAUUUUUUGAUCUAACGGAAAGUCCAGUGGAGCAACCAGUAGCCCAUGAGGCUAGCAGUGUUGAAACAGAUUUGAAGCGCUACCGUUCGGACGUGUAUGUCCCCUUGGAUGAAUCGCCAUUUUUGUGGUGGAACAAAAUGAGUCACUUGUAUAGCACAUUAAAGCAUUUAGCUGUACAAUAUCAGUGCCUGCCUUGUGUCGUCAAUAUGAACUAUAAAAAGCCAAUUAAGCAACAAAUUGAUGAGCAUCAAAAGCGUUUUAUGUUGACUGGAAAUUUAAUUGAUGCAAUUUUAUUUUUACAUUACAAUUAAUUUAAAUAUAUAUCAAGAAUAAAAUUUGUUUGUAAAUUUUAAUUGUAUCUGCGUUGGUUAACCAUUUAAUUUCUCAGUUUGAAUUGUGUAUUUUUAAAUAAAUAUCUAUUCCACUAUCCGUAA